AGAGGGAGGGAGAGAGAUGUAGUCAGCAACAUGUAGGCUCGCUGAGUAAAGAAAAGCUCGAUACUGUGUAUAGGUGCAACAUUUGAAUAUAUAGGCUACACAACGGGAGAUAACCCGCAGGAUAUGGCCAGGAGAGGAAUGGAUGUAUUGUGGAUGGAGAGACGAGGGGAGAAGAGAGUUUCGGGCUCCUGAAAAACAGUCCUUCUUCGCCUGUGAACUGCCGCCGUCGCUGCUCUGCCCACCGAACUGCACCCCCCCAUGGCAGCCAAGCCCGCCCUCUCCCUCCUGUUGGCCGUGUUGGCCUGCACGGGGCCCGCCCGCUCCUCCCCUCCCCUCUUGCUCCGCCCCCGGGAGCGAGAGAGGGACUUGGGUGUAGUCAACAUCGCUGUGGUCCACUCGGGCUACUCCCUGCUCCCGGAGACGGCCGCUGCUGGGGGAAUGGGCGCCACGAGCGGGCCGGGGGGUCCUCAGGGGAGGGGGGCCUCGUCGUCAUUGGCUAUGGUGGCGGCGUCUGCGCCGCUGGCGUCUGCGUCAGCGGUUCUGGUGGGCGGUAGCGUGAUGACGCAGUAUGGCCCGGCCAACGUGAUCUAUCUGACGGUGAACGAGAGCAGCCCGGCGAGCCUUCUGCUGCAGCUGUGUGAGCUGCUGGCCACUACGCCGCUCCAGGGGCUGGUGUUCGAGGAGGAGAGGCCCCCGCCACCCGACCAGGCUCCCCUGGCCCCCAUGCUGGAGUUUGUCUCGGCCCAGACCGGAGUGCCCGUUGUGGCCGUGGGAGGAGGGGCCGGACUGGGCAGGGAGCCACAGGAAAGCGGCUCCAUCUACCUCCAGUUCACCUGCUCUACAGCCAUGCAGCUGGACGUGGUCUUUGAGGUGCUGGAAGAGUUCGACUGGACCUCCUUCUCCGUGGUGGCCACGCGUCACCACGGCUACGAGGACUUCCUGGCCAUGGUGGAGGCACUGACGGACGGAUCCUUCAUCGGCUGGGAGAAGAAGGGAGUGGUCAUGCUCAACGUCACCGACGACCCGGGAGGGACGCGCGCGAGCAGGCUGCUCAAGGAGAACGAGGCGCAGAAUGAGGCCAUCAACUACAUGCGCUUUGCACGCUCCAAGAGGAUCAUCAGACUCAAGACCAUUGACUCCUGCUUCGAGGACCUUAAAGACAGCAGGCUAGUGGAGGAGACAUUCACAGUGGACGAGGUGCGGGACAUGCUGGAUGGGCUGCAGCUGGUUGUGCGAGGGGAGGUCGAGACAGAGCUCAUCAACACGGCCCACACCAACGUGCUGCUGCUUCGGCAGCUCUUCUCCCAGGCUGAAAAGUUCUACCUCCGUCUGCAGACUGACAUAUCGGAGCUGGAGAACAGAGAGUUGUUAGAGCAAGUGGCUGAGUUUGAGAAUACUGAGUUUAAAAACCCAAAUAAGACUAACCAAGAAAUUAGCACGCCCAAGUUAGCACCGCUGAAUGAAGGUGGGGUAUCUGAACUUCUCAACAAGGAGAUAUCAAGGCUACAAGAGGAAAAUAAUAAGCUCAAAGGCAGGCUCCGGACUUUGGAAACCCAGGCCAUGGGUGCGUUGGAUGAGAAGACCAGGGCGGAGAGGGCUCUCAAAGACUUGCAGAAGGUCAAGGGGGAACAGCAAAUGACCACCCGUUCUCAGGAGAUCACUAGUCUGGAGGACACGGUGGCAGCACUGCAGGAAGACUACCAGAAGUCCCUGAGUGUCAACGCUGCCUCCCAAAGAGACCUGCAGGACAACCUGGUGUCUGCCAAACAUGACCUGCUCAGGGUACAGGAACAACUGUCCCUGGCAGAGAAGGAGCUGGACCGGAAGUUCCAACAGACUUCUGCCUACCGCAACAUGAAGGAGAUCCUCACCAAGAAAAAUGAGCAGAUCAAGGACAUCAGGAAACGGCUUUCAAAAUACGAGUGCGUCUCCUCUACUGCUCCCGGAGGAGGCGGCGCUGAUCUUCAGGCGGCCUGGGCCUCGGGUCAGGCCGGACACUCCCACAUGUGGUUCGCCGUGGGGCCAGCCCUGUCCGGCCUUGGCCUGGAGGGCUCCCCAAGGCCCUGUUCGCAGUGCGGCCGCAGGGCUGGAGAGACGAGCCCCGCCGGAGGAUCGCCAGGGGUGUCUGUGCUGACCCACGGAGCCAUGGCUCUGAGGAAGGAGUACGGCUGGGCCGAGGGCCACACUACUUUGCAGGCAACUGCCAGACAGAUGGCAACCAGACGCAGAGGGUGCCAGAACAGGAUCAGGUUCUUCAGUAACAUUACGCUGAGUGGCCGGGACUACUCGUUCAACAGUGACGGCUACCUGUCCAAUCCAGUGCUGGAUGUGAUUUCCUACACCGAAGGGAAAGGCUGGGAGGAGGUUGGCACGUGGCAGAACGGUGUUCUGGAUCUCAUUAUCCAGCCCUUUUCACGCUACGGCUCCUUCCUCAAGCCGCUGGACGACACCCAGCACCUCAAGGUGGUCACCCUGGAGGAGAGGCCCUUUGUCAUUGUGGAGCCAGCRGACCCAGGCACCAACUCCUGCAUCCGGGACUCGGUGCCCUGCAGACUACCGCUCAACACCACCAAACGGGCAUCAAGCGUCAUGGUCUCCCGUAGCACCACCGUCUCGCCGUCGGCCUUCCUUGAGCCAUACAGCCCAGCUGUGUGGGUGAUGAUGUUCGUCAUGUGCCUCUCCGUGGUCGCUGUCACAGUCUUUAUUUUCGAGUUCUUCAGUCCCGUCGGCUACAACCGCAGCCUGCAAAGUGCGAAGAAGACAGGGGGCUCUAAAUUCACCAUAGGGAAGUCUAUCUGGCUGCUGUGGGCUCUGGUCUUCAAUAACUCAGUGCCUGUGGAGAACCCCAGAGGAACCACCAGUAAGAUCAUGGUGCUGGUGUGGGCCUUCUUUGCUGUCAUCUUCCUGGCCUCCUACACGGCCAACCUGGCAGCCUUCAUGAUCCAGGAGGAGUACAUCGACACUGUGUCUGGCCUCAGCGACAAGAAGUUCCAGCAGCCCACUGAGCAGUACCCCCCACUCCGAUUUGGCACCGUCCCCAACGGGAGCACCGAGGAGAACAUCCGCAGCAACUACGCCAACAUGCACAACUUCAUGAUKCGCAACAACCAGAAYGGCGUGGAGGAGGCCAUCGACAACCUCAAGACUGGUAAACUAGAUGCCUUCAUCUAUGAUGCGGCUGUGCUAAACUACAUGGCGAGGAAAGACGAGGGCUGUAAGGUGAUGACCAUUGGCUCGGGCAAGGUGUUCGCCACCACGGGCUACGGCAUCGCACUGCAUAAGAACACCCGCUGGAAACGCCCCGUGGACUUGGCCCUCCUGCAGCUGGUGGGAGACGAUGAGAUCGACAUGCUCGAGCGCCUGUGGCUCUCGGGGAUCUGUCACAACGACAAGAUUGAGGUGAUGAGCUCCAAGCUGGACAUCGACAACAUGGCGGGGGUCUUCUACAUGCUGCUGGUGGCCAUGGGGCUCAGUCUGCUGGUUUUCGCCUGGGAGCACCUGGUGUACUGGAAGAUCAGGCACUGCCUGGGCCGCUCCGGUGGCAUGGACUUCCUAUUGGCCCUCAGCAGGGGUAUGUACAGUUGCUGCAAGUUUGAAGAUGAAACCGUCUCUGGAAGCCUCAGAAACACACUUCCCCUAUAUCAGAGUGUUCCCACAAUGCCACCUCCACCCCAAUCCCACAUCUCAGCGGCUGUAACCUGUAACACUACUCUUGCCAUGGUGCAGCAGCAGCAGAGGCAUCAUCACCAGCAGCAACAGCAGCAUGAGCAGCAGCAGCAGCAACAGCAAGCAUACAGCAUGCUUCCUGCUGGAUCUCCGCCAACUACUGGGUACUCUGCAAUGGCCCUUGGGCCAUCAAACAGUCCCCUUUUGGAGGGUCCCAUGCCGUGCUCCACUUUUCUGCCUCGCCAUGACCGCAGAUUGGCUGUGGUAGACCGCUGGAACCGUCCCAAGCCCAGCACGGACAAGCCGAUUGGUGGCAGCGGUGGGAUCCCAGACAUGGCACAGUUUCAACAGGGCUUGCCCCCUCAUUGGGCUGGGGGAGCCYGUGGAGGGGACGGMYGRCUGGAUGAAUACAAYCGAUACUAUGGCCCGAUCGAUCCAGAGGGCUUAGGGGCAAAUGCUGACCCACAAACAGGUGGCUCUCAAACCCCCAAAARMAACCAGAGGGGYACAAAGUCCUCAGGAAUGCCWKGYCUACCUUCUAAAGGACCGCCCCCUGGGCACUUAAUGUCCAAGCCCCCUCUACCGCUCCCCUCAUCCCCACAUCSYCCGCRAUUUUGGAGAAGAGGCAGCCUCCCMAAAAGAAAGGGCUCCGGGGGGCCUCUGUAUGAGAACAUCCUCCCCRUGGGGAGAAGAGGGGGAGGGCGGUACGGKGCAAGGGAUGGAGGUGGCAGGCGAYGCCGURGCCCUCCCCCACUCCCWUUGCCUGUCCCUGUCMCGUCCCCUGCCCWCACUACRCCUACCACUCCRUCUCARUCCGRCCUCUACACCUCSAGCUCCUGCUCCUCCACCUCAUCKAGUUCAUCCUCGUCCUCAUCCUCCGUCUCCCUCUCACGGUCCAACUCACCCUCAUCCUCCACCAUCACAUACACAUCGUCCCAGAGUUUUAAGUACAGGGCUGGCAGUAGGGAUGUCGAGGACGUUUAUGACUCUGAUGAGCUGAUAGAGGAGUCUAGCCUCCUGCUAGGACGGAGAAAGGGCAAAUCCCGACGCAUGUCCUCUCGCUCACUGCCUUGCAGUCCACCCCCUCCGCCUGUACCACCCCGCAAGCCUCGUCUACAGUAUGAGAGAGAGAGGGCUGGGAGCCAGCUAGCCCAGCUGCAGGAGUGGUGGACCUCCUGGGGUGAGAGAGAAAGACUUAGAGGAACAGGAACCAGGGCCGAGGGGAAGGAGGAGAAACGGCAUCACAAAGACAGAGAAAGGGAGAGAAAGAGAAGGAAGAAAGGCCGGAAGAAAAAAAAGAGAGAGGAGAAGGAGAGAGAGCGGGAGCGCAAGCGGCAUAAAGUGAAGAAGAAGAAGAAGAAAGAGGAGAAGGUGAAGAGAAGAGAUCGGGGCAAGCGAUCAGAGCACGAGGAGGGAGGUGGUGAACAGAGAGGGCAGCUCAAAGCGAUAACGCAAGAGGCCUACUCCUCCUACCCGGCUCUGAGGCGUGACUCUAUGAGGAAAAAGAGUGAAGGUUCUAUCAGAAGUUACGGAUGGGAUAUUCCAAGGGAUGAAGASAGGAGAGAMAGKGAGGARAAGGAAAMAGAUGAUGGAGASGACACUAGAGGCAAGGAAAGYKACAGAAGUCCURACUCUCGCCACAGGCAUGCAGYUAGGCCUUCCAGUUCCAGCAAGCAGUACCAGAGCRCCAGWAAACCCUCAACCMCUGUCAAAUUCUGGGGAGCYGGAAACCCAUCSUCAGAGARUCCUUCAUCUGCAUUUCUYCCACUGAUCCCRRUCUCYUCCAGGCGCAGGAGUAAGGGUUCAGAUAGAGAGGCCCUAGGGAAAGAAGGGGAGAKGCGCCCCCUGUUGGGCAGGAACGAYAYAGUGGAGGUUCACUSCAAAGAAGGURUGUCGUUUCAUGAGUGGGAUUCCGAAGAUGAUGAUGAAGAUUCCGAGGAGGAACGGAGAAAAGUGGAGCAAGAGAAGAGACACAAGAGAAGACGAAGGACCGCAUCAGAGUCCGAAAGGGAAKGRGAUAAGYUGGUGGGCAUCUACUCKGACGACGACGGCUCCUCGGGAGAAUURGGAAAGUUCGAAAGGUACUGGGAMGGUCAUGAGGGUAGYGCGGUUGGGGGKAUAGGAGGGGGAGGUUGGUUUUUCGGCACUUAUCCCGCCAGAGAAAAAGCCGGCAGCAUAAACAGUAGGGAUGGCUCGUUAUUGGGCCGUGGGGAGGGAUGGGGCGGAGCAGGGGGAGCAGGGGAAGGUGGCUGGGGAUCAGGUGAAGCCUGGGGUUCAAGGAGGAUAGGUGGUACACAGUGGCCUCCACCUCCAUUGACACCACCAGCUCCUCGAAGAUACUGGUCCGUGGACAAGCUUCCCGUGAAGGAGGAGAAGAAAGAGAAACGGAAGGACAAGGACAAAGGGCGAGGUGAUGUGGCUUGCAACUGCCAAUCUGCCCUCGAGCAUCAACACGCUCACUCUAAAUGGGCCAAGGUGAGCUCUCGUAGCCAGGAGGAGCUAUUUCUACACUGUCAACGUUUCGGGAGCAGCGCCAAUUCCAAACGGCAUUCCUUCAAACCCGACCGGACCCAGAAUCAACCCAAAUCGGGAAGCCAGUCCAACCUCAGCAUCCAGCGAACACAGCGGACGGACCGCAUUCGGCAGUCCUCUACAUCGCAAGCCCUCAUCCCCUCCCUCCCUCCACCAACACUCCCAGCCCUUCCUGCCCCUCCUUCUGCAUCCCAUCCCAUCCACGUCCCUCUUCCCACCUCGUCCUCUUCGGUCUCAUCUCCCUCUGUAGUAUCCUCCACCCCAGGCGCCCCCCAGCCGUCUUCUAUGGCUUCUGCUAGUGCCAAACUCCUGUACCAGAGACUGCGCUCAGUGCCCCAGCCCCAAAGGUUACAGUCACCUCACCUGCCCCUCAAGGCCAAGAGCCUCUGCUCACGGAGGGGGUCCGCACACUUCUCCAGUGUGGAGAGCGAGGUGUGA